GCGGCCCUGCGCUGAUUAUCACAAGUGCGACAGACCGCCGCAGCGCCGCAGCGGAGCGGUGCGCGGCCCAUCCUCCUGCUGUACAGAUCGUCGGACGUUUACGUGACGCGGCACGAGCAGCAGCAGCAGCAGCAGCAGCAGGAAGACUUUCAUAGUUACGUAAGCGCUCCAGCGGCCGUGUCUCCCCGCAAGUAGUUAAAGGUUCAUCUGUGCCUCUUGACCAACAUGGCCCCGACACCCACGAAAGAGACCGAGAGGAGCUGCGUGCUGUGCUGCCAAGAAGUCGACAUCUUCGCCUUGGGAAAAUGCGACCACCCGGUGUGUUACCGCUGCUCCACCAAGAUGCGGGUGCUGUGCGAGCAGAAGUACUGCGCUGUCUGCCGCGAGGAGCUCGACAAGGUGGUGUUUGUGAAACAACUGGCGGCCUUCUCGUCUCUGCCCCACCAGCAGUUUGCCUGCGAGAAGAAACACGACAUCUAUUUCGGCGAUGAGAAGAUCCAUGCUCAGUAUAGGCAUCUGCUGUUGUCAGAGUGCGUCCGCUGUUCAGAGCCUAAGGUCUUCUCCAGGUUUGAGGAGCUGGAGCAGCACAUGAGGAAGCAGCACGAGCUCUUCUGUUGCAAGCUUUGCACAAAGCAUCUUAAGAUCUUCUCCCAUGAGCGGAAGUGGUACAACCGUAAGGAAUUGGCUCGUCACCGAGCUCAUGGAGACCCAGACGACACCAGUCACAGGGGACACCCGCUCUGCAAGUUCUGUGACGACCGAUACCUUGAUAAUGACGAGCUGCUGAAACACUUGCGCAGGGACCACUACUUCUGCCACUUCUGCGAUGCAGACGGUUCUCAGGAAUAUUACAGUGAUUACCCAUACUUGAGCGAGCACUUCAGAGAGAGUCACUACCUUUGUGAGGAAGGCCGCUGUGCCACAGAACAGUUCACCCAUGCAUUCCGCACUGAGAUCGACUACAAGGCCCACAAGGCUGGAGCACACAGCAAGAACCGGGCAGAGGCUCGACAGAACCGCCAGAUCGACCUGCAGUUCAACUACGCCCCAAGACAACAGAGGAGAAAUGAAGGUCUGGUUGGAGGCGAGGACUAUGAGGAGGCGCGUCACAAUCGAGGAGGAAGAAGAGGGCCUCAUGGCGGAGGAGGGCAGAAAAGCUGGAGAUAUUCCCGAGAGGAAGAGGACAGGCAGAUGGAAGCUGCCAUGAGGGCAUCCUUGGCAAUGCGUAGACAGGAGGAGAGAGGAGCGGUGCAGGAGAGGAGCACUCCCAAACAUUGCAGAGAGGAGAGGGCGGAGAGAAAAGAACUAGAAGAGCCCAGAAACAGGACCGGACUGAUCAAACCAACAAACAAACCUCCAGUCAGAACAAUGAAGAGCACUAAUCCAGGAGAAGAGGAUGACUUCCCAGUUUUAGGAGCCACAGCUGUGCCACCCAUCGUUAAGUCUGCGCCUGCUGUAGUUCCAGCAGCCCGUGCAGCUUUGAAAGAAGACGACUUCCCCAGCUUGUCAACUGCUGCUGUCCCAUCUCUCAUGACCCCCGCGUACUCUGCCCAGCCGAAGAAGAAUUCCUCUUUCCAUGAAGAGGAUUUCCCCGCUCUCGUGUCCAAAGUCCGCCCCCUCAAACCUGCAGCAGGCUCCAACUCUGCUUGGUCCACCAAUACUGCUGUAGCAAAACCCAACACUCAUCCUCCUCCUUCCUCUUCCAGAACUACCCCUCCUCUUUCAUCUGCGCCCUCUGGCCCUCAGCUCCUCUCCUCCUCAGCUCCGGCAUCUUCACGGAGGAAAAAGAAAGUAGGAGAGAAUGGGAAGGCGUCAACUACCCGGUCUCCUCCUCCUUCUGAUGAUGAGAAAGGAGGAAAGACGCAGCAGGAAUUCCGCUCAGUUCCCACCAUGUUGGAUAUCUCCUCUCUGCUCACUGUUAAAGGAGGCAACAGCAAACCCUCCACAGUGACCUCUAGUUCUUCAAGCCACCCGACCCCCAACACCGAUCUCUCUACCUCCAAAGCCAACAAGAAGAAAAAAACGCAGAAGAACGCGCCUGUUUCCUCUACGUCUGUGUCUUCAACCGCAACGACAACUGUAAAUACAAUCGCGGUGGAAACGGCUGCGCAGAAGGAGAACGUCCCUGAGAAGAACUGCAACAAACCCUUUUCCAGCACGGUGACGGCGGCACUGACGAGCGGUUUGACUAACGGCCACCCUGAGAAAUCACCGCCCGCUAGAAAGGAGGCAGUGGCAGUAACCCCUCAUCCCAACAUGGACCCCCUCCUUGAACAAGAGGAAGAGUUUCCUGCUCUCAUGACCAAGAAACCUCCACCAGGUUUCAAGACUUCCUUUCCGAUUAAGGCUUCAGCACCUGCCUCAUCCUCCACAAUGCCCCCACCUCCACCUGGUCUGGGACUCUCAGCCCCUAAGCCCCCGCCGGGCUUCACUGGGAUCCCCCUCAACAGCAACGUGGUAGAGGAUCCUCCUCCUGCAGUCAACCUGCCUCCCAAGGUGUCCAGCAGUGGUUACCUAGUGCCAGAGGACUUCCACCAGAGGAACCUGGCGCUGAUCCAGUCCAUUAGAAAGUACCUCCACAAUGAUGAGUCAAAGUUCAACCAGUUCAAAAACUAUUCUGCACAGUUCAGACAAGGUGUGAUAUCCGCAGCCCAGUAUCACCGCAGCUGCAAGGACCUGCUCGGAGAGGACUACAACAGCAUUUUUAACGAGCUGCUGGUGCUCCUGCCGGACACCAUCAAGCAGCAGGAGCUGCUGACUGCCCACGCCGACUGUAAGGCCCUGGAGAAACAGUCUGGGGCCGGAGGAGGAAAGAAAAACAAGAACAAGAAAAACGCCUGGCAGACGCCCACCGCUGUGGCUAAUGUAGCAGCCGAGCUCGAAUGCCAGGUGUGCCCCACUUGCAGACAGGUGCUGGCCCACAAAGACUUCCACUCCCACAAGACCCUGCACACCAGGGAGACUGAGGAGUUCCCCUCCUUGCAGUCAAUUAGCCGCAUCAUUAGCUAGCCCCUCCUCCACUCUGUGUGCCAUUGUGGCCAUUCAGAUAGCCCUCUAAAAGACCAGUUUGGAAAGCAGCAGCCUGUUAACUGUGACCGUGUCUCGGAGGAGCUGGGGACCCAUAUCUCAUACUGAAGGUGAAUUUAAGAUGGUUAAUGGUGUUUUUACUUUCUGCUGAAGAUCACAUUGAAAGGUUUGUACGAAUGGUUUUUCCAGUGUAGACGCACAGGGUUGCCCCAGCUCGACUUUUCUUUUUCCACUUGCAUCCUUUGAGGACGUCUCCAGCUGGCACUGGCAUUGUCUAACCACAACUAUCUAUUUAAUGAAAGCAAACAGACGAGCCGAGGCUUUACUUGAAGAAUGUUUUGCUUCCUAAUGCAAAAUUGUAUUCAUUUACAUUUUGUACCAUGCAUUGUGCUUUUACACAAAUAACACAAACAGCUGAUUUGUUUUUGUUGACAUCAGAGUUGAUAGAGUUGUGUAUAAUUCCCCAGAGGGGCUGCUUGGUUAAAUAAUAAAAUAAACACACUUGUCCAGUUCAA